GGGCCGACUGGAAGGAUUAGAAACUGAGGGCUCAACUUCGACAAACCGGCUGACUGUAAUGACUGCUCAUGCACACUCUUAUGGUGCGUGUCAACAGCUUACACGGCACUGACCAACAAGGAAGGACCAUCCCUCUCAUCUAUCAGCAGUAGAUCCACCUCCAUGGUAACCAUGGGGUCCACAGUACCUUUAGUUUUUGGGUCAGCCUGUUGCCGCCAACAUACCAAAGGUCUGUUUUGGAGAAAUGACAGAUGAGAGAAUGAUUAAGCUGUCUGACCAACCGGGAUAUGUGUGUCACACAGAUGUCAGUGUGUAUACAUGACAGUAGGUGAAGGUCUGGAUGAGGGACAGAGAUACGCAAACACGAGACACAGAUGAGACCGUGAUAGAGAAACAAUGUUCAGGAACACUGGCGUCUCUUAUCCUUCUCUGUUGUUGUUUUAAAGUGGAUAGCCUGCAACAGGCAGUCCAGAGGACUGUAUUUCUUCUUCUCUCAUUUCUGAAAUAAGUAUUUUUUUUCCCCUUCUUGGCUCCCUCGGUCUAAUCUAAGCAGCAGCAGAGUAAGUGGCAUUUUAAAAGUACAGCAGCUGUGACUAUGUCAAGGUCUGAGGAAGCAGUCAGAGUCUGAUACAGCAAGAAAAAGGCAACAUUUUCUCUACUGGAGAAGCAGGAGCAGGUUCCACAGAAAUACCAGUGGUGAAUCUAAUCUGUGCAGGCUGCAGGCUCUGCUCUGUCUUCAUCCUCUACCUCCUCAUCCUCCGCUCCAGCUGCAACUUCACACCCUGCAGCAAAGGAACAAAUCUUCGACUAGUUCAGCGCCUGGCUGUUCUAUAACCUGCAGCACUCUCAGGAGCUCUUCUGGUUGCUUCUGGGUGAUCACAGUUACGGCUAUGGCAUCAGCAGCUCUGGAGCUGAUGGGCUUCUUCCUGGGCUUACUGGGGAUGCUGGGGACCCUGGUGGCCACAGUACUUCCAUACUGGCAGAUUUCUGCACACGUUGGUUCCAAUAUUGUCACAGCUGUGAAUAACAUGCGGGGCCUGUGGAUGGAGUGUGUCUAUCAGAGCACGGGGGCCUUCCAAUGUGAGACCUACAACUCAAUGCUGGCUUUGCCUUCUGACCUGCAGGCUGCUCGUGCCCUCAUGGUCAUCUCCAUAGUGUUGUCUAUCCUUGCAAUUGCUAUGGCAACUCUGGGAAUGCAGUGCACGCUUUGCUUGGAGAGCUCUGGUGGGGUUAAGAGUCGUGUAGCCGGUGCAGGUGGGGUGUUAUUUGUCUUUGCAGGCUUCCUGGCUCUCGUACCCGUAGCGUGGACCACACACGAGGUGGUUAAGACCUUCUACCUUCCAAACGUACCUCAAAGCAUGAAGUAUGAACUCGGAGAGUGCCUAUACACUGGGCUGGCCUCUGCACUCAUUUCCAUGCUGGGUGGGGGGAUGCUAUGUGUGUCAUGUUGUGAAGAGCAGGAAGGUGGCCGUGGGAGACGCCACGGAGGCGGAUAUCCGUACCCAGUAGGAGGCGGCAUAUCGAGCACAGGUGUACGAACAACCUCACAGACCUACCGCAACCCCACCCUGCAGGUGGGGGGUGUCAAUACCCCCAGCAGAGGGCAGACACUAAUUCGUAGUGCAAGUGGCAGUUCAGAGUCGGGUACGCAUGGAGCCCAACGAGCUAGGAAGCCCACUGCAGCAGGAUAUGACAUCACAGGAUAUGUCUGAGGGGUCCACCUGUCCAUUACACCUUUAACUGUAACUGCCUCACAGCUUAAGUUUAAUAAAUGUAUCCUUAUAGUGUAUCUAAAUGAAUACACAUUGUCAGUGUUUGCUGGAUUUUUUGAGAAGCAAUUGUGAAAUUUCAACAAAAUUACACAGCAGAACUAUUAAAGUUGUGUUUCUGUACUUG